CUCUGUGCGCUCGGAGAGGCGGGGUUUGGGCUGUGGGAGCCACGCAGCUGAGCUGUUUGUCUUGUCCUCAGAGCCAUGGAGAAAAUAGACGCUACAUCGGAGCUGCAGUCACGGCUGUCAUCUCUCUCCUUCUCUGCCUUUUCCGGAAUAACAUCCAGACAGUGUGAGAACCGACCGGCUGACACCAGACUUGAGAAUACAGACCUUUCACAGACUUUGAGCCAAGAUCGAGUGAAUAUGAAUGAAUCUACAGAAAAGACUACCAAGCUUUCAGAGGGUAAUGAUGAGGCCCCUAUUGAGCCGGUCCAGAGGGAGGGCACAGACGAGAACAGCCCUGGGAGCUCUGAGCUCUCUGCUGAGAUAAAAGCCCAGAUGCCACCUUUAGAUCCCCCAACUACAUGGACAUCUGCUGCUCUGAAGGAGCUUAAGGCAAAGCUGCGCGGUGAGAAGGACAGUGUGGUGACAGUGUAUCGAGGAGACAUCAUGACAGUCCAUGUGCCCACUGUGCCAGAGGCUAAGAAAGUCUGCUGGGAGUUCGCCACAGAUGGAUAUGACAUUGGUUUUGGAAUAUACUUUGACUGGACUCCUGUAACAUCACGGUCUAUUACUGUCCACAUUAGUGAGUCUAGUGAUGAUGAGGAUGAAGAGGAGGAGCUGGAAGGGCCUGUGAUGAAUGGAGAUGUGGAGAAAGGUUCCAAAAGUCAAGCCAACUCAAAUCUAGCUGAAAUCUUGCCUGUGUAUCGACAGGACUGCCACUUGUCUGUCCAUGGGGGCAGUCAUGACUUUCCAGGUGAAGGCACGUAUCUCCUGAAGUUUGACAACUCCUACUCGCUAUGGCGGAAUAAAACCCUUUAUUACAGAGUUUAUUACAGUGCCUGAGAUGUCACGUUAUUGCUAAUGAAUGUACAAUUAAAGCAUUUUAUUGAAUAGAAAUAAGAUAACUGUAUGAACUAUUUUUAUUCUAUAUAAAAGACAGCUCUAUAAUACAAGACAGGCAUAGAUGUCUAUUUUGUCAAUAUCAGGUUGAGUCGCCACAUGGCCUCCUACCGUAUUUUGUCAGUUUAAGGCGAUGCAAUGCUUCAACGUCUUGCUAUAUCUAAAGUAGCCUUGCCAUGGUUUCAUGUAUGCACUGUGCUUACUUACUGGUCAAGUGCCCAUUUAAAAAAAUACUAUAUAUUAAUGAAAAAUAUUUUCAAAGGUAGCAGUAAUCAGGGAAUACCACAGAACAGGUGUCUAUUUAGCAGUGGUUGGCAGAAUCAAAUUUUUAUUUUUGUGUGUAUUUUUCUGUAAAUGUUUUGCUGUUGUGUGUAUUUUAGCCGUUGCCAUAUUUAUUUCAUUUUUGACUGUGAAUGAGAGAAUAGUCUGUCUGUGCACAAAUCUGUAUGUCCUCAGUAGAAAUGUUGAAUGUUCUGAAGUGAUGAGUUCCGCACAGUUUGCUUGCCAUAGCACAAUUAAAAGCCAUCCCUUAUCAUGCAAAGCUCCUAUUAUGUAAUGUGAAUCAAUAUUUGCCUCUGCUUUUCCCCGCUCAUUGCAGCUAAGAAGUUUGAAUAUGUCAUUGUAAUUGUUUAUUGUGCACAGAAUAGAUGAAAACUGAAGAUUAUUGUCUCUUCGAAUAUAUGUUUUCAAUUUGAAUGUUUUGAGUUUUUUGUUUGUUCUUGUUGGAAUAAUCAUUGCAGCUUCCAUACUGCAUGUUUCCAAAGAUGUCACAAAGCUGGCUGCUAAAGCAUACAUCUAUUCAUUGGAACGCAUCAGAUCUAAAGGUUAUAAUGUUUGCUGUUCUGUAUCCUUAUGUAAAUUAAUGAUUAUAUAUUUUAAAAAUUUAUUGCAAAAGGAAUAAAGAGAAUAUCAUCUGUU